AAAAUAAGAAAUAUGGACGUUUUUUCUGGCCCACUCUGCAGAUAUAUAAAGGGUGUCGAUAACCAUUUGACCAUUCAUUCGAUAUCCAAAGCAGACUGAACUUCUCCACUCCGACACAGGAUUUCAUAGAAAGUUAAAUACAACUGAGUGUUCAAGCUGGUAAUUGGUGACAAAUAAUGGAAUUGUUUCACUGGAAUUGUGUAUUCCUCGUGGUCGUUACGUGGGUUUACGUUGUCUCCGCAGACUACAAAGUCAUUUACAAAAGGAAAAAGUGCGAUAUUGAAGCGAAUGCUCCUGUUCCAAGGGGUUGUUUAAGGAGAGAAGGAGAGAAGGUGGGUAAACUUAAGGGAACAAAAAUCAUUCUCGAUGGCAUCUGCCAGGAAGGAACAAGACCCGAUUGUGGCAAAAUGGAUGCAAAAAAGAAACAAUCCUCCGGUCGGAAAUAUGUUAGAUGCUACUGUAGAUCUUAUACAACUAAACCAACUCAACCAACAACCACACUCCCAACUGACCCGCCAACUGAGCCGCCAACCGCUACCCCAACUAAACCGUUAACUGAGCCGCCAACUGAACCACCAACCGAGCCCCCAACUGAGCCGCCAACUGAGCCCCCAACCGAGCCCCCAACUGAGCCACCAACCAAGCCGCCAACUGAGCCACCAACCGAGCCACCAACUGAGCCGCCAACUGAGCCCCCAACUGAGCCACCGACUAAGCCACCAACCGAGCCGCCAACUGAGCCACCAACUGAGCCACCUACCGAGCCCCUAACUGAGCCCCCAACCGAGCCCCCAACUGAGCCGCCAACUGAGCCCCCAACUGAGCCACCCACUGAGCCACCAACCGAGCCGCCAACUGAGCCACCAACCGAGCCCCCGACUGAGCCACCAACCGAGCCCCCGACUGAGCCGCCAACUGAGCCCCCAACUGAGCCACCGACUAAGCCACCAACCGAGCCGCCAACUGAGCCACCAACCGAGCCCCCAACUGAGCCACCAACCGAGCCCCCAACUGAGCCACCAACCGAGCCACCAACCGAGCCCCCAACUGAGCCAUCAGAUUUCAAUAUGCAAUGUACUAGCAAGCAUAAUGAGGUCCGUAACCUCCACCUCAGUACCGACCCACUGAGUUAUAACUCUGCAUUGGCUGCAACUGCACAAGCUUGGUCAGAUGACUUAGCUGCGAGACAUGCUUUCGAGCACAGUGAUGGAUCAAACAACGCAUUUAGGUAUCCGAGUUCCGGAGAGAAUCUAUACAAGUCGACAACUACCUCCACACCUCCAACUUUAGAAGUAGCCUGUGUAGCUGCUAUUAAAAAUUGGUACAACGAAAUCAAUUACUACAGUUAUGCGACGACGUAUUCAACGGAUCCUACAAAGCAAACGGGACAUUUUACACAAGUUGUUUGGAAAGCUACCACUGAAGUUGGGUGUGGGGUAACUCAAGUUCAAAGCGCUGAUGCCAGUCGAACAGAAACCUACGUGGCAUGUCAAUAUCUUCCAAGUGGGAAUUUCAACUUAAAACUACCAACAGAUGAAAGUUUUGAAGCCUCGAGAUUAAGAAAUUGGGGAGAAAACGUUUUGCCUUUAAAAAGACGCUGAAGCUUCCGACAGCUUUUAUUGGCAGAAUCCAAC